AUGAUUGGAGUCGACUACAAAUACAACUUCAAGUUUAUUGUUAUUGGGAUGAGUGGUGUCGGCAAAUCAUCACUAUUAACCAGACUCAUUGAUGGUGCAUUCAACCAAGAAAUUCAGUCCACAAUUGGAGUUCAAUACCUUUCUACCGUGAUGGAUAUUGACGGCAAUCCAGUAAAACUUCAGAUAUGGGAUACUGCUGGACAAGAGAAGUUCAGAUCUAUUUCCAAAUCUUAUUACAGACAUGCUGUUGGCGUAAUUUUAGUUUAUGACAUGACUGACCGCAAAUCUUUUGAUGAACUAUCAUAUUGGCUCAAUGAUGUUCAUACACUCUGUGAUCCUAAUGCUGCUAUUACACUUGUUGGCAAUAAACUUGAUUUGGCCUCAUCAAGAUCAGUUACUACAUCAGAAGCAACAGAGUUUGCGAAUAACCACCAACUAACCUACCUUGAGACAUCUGCCAAAGGUGGAGAUAACGUCCAAGAAGCUUUUUACCGCGCUGCAAAGCUUGUUUAUGACAAAGCAGAGAAAGGACAGCUCCAAGCCAAGACAUCUAAUGCAAGUCCAAAGGCUGCAUCAGGAAAUGGAUGUGCUUGUUAA